UGCCUUCAUUGCCUUCCGCUGACCAAAUUUGUCCCCUUUCGUCUCUAUAGACACUCUCACCAGGCUUCCGAGAUGGAGAUUGUAGCAGAGCCAUGGAUUUGUUUGGAGACAUAGACGACAUUUCUUCAGAGAGUGACGAUGACAGUCAACUGCUCAUUCCAGGACAGCCUGCUGAUGUACACAGAUCGCCCCAGGGCCAGUGGGAGGAAGUGCCGAUUUCUGAAGCCAGGAUGGAAGUAGAAAUUCCCCAUUUCGACCCUGAUUUAGGAAAUGAAUUGUACUUUGUUAAGCUACCCAAAUUUCUCAGCAUCGAGCCCAAACCUUUUGAUCCUCAGUAUUAUGAAGAUGAAUUUGCAGAUGAGAAAGUACUUGACGAGGAAGAAAGAACCAGGUUGAAAAUAAAGGUGGAGAACACUAUCCGAUGGAGGGCGCGCCAGGAUGAAGCGGGAAAUGAAGUUAAAGAAAGCAACGCUCGGAUCGUGAAGUGGUCAGAUGGAAGCCUGUCCCUGCACUUGGGCAGUGAAGUGUUCGAUGUCUACAAAGCCCCACUGCAGGGCAACCACACCCACCUGUUUGUCAGAGAAGACACCGGCCUACAGGGACAAGCCAUCUUUAAAUACAAACUCACCUUUAGCUGGUGGGCAGAGGGAGAAACUUCUCUGGAGGCAGAAGAGAAGGGAGGUCCAGAGGCACCAGGACCCGCGCACCGCCUCCCUGCUCUGCCCAAGGAGAGGUGGUCAUUGUCUGCAGCUGUUCGUGUGGUACGAUUGCCUCCAAAUGUUCUUAGUCGCCAGACUUUCUUGUUCACGUCCUGCAGACCUCACUCUACAGACUAUGCCACACGUAAGAAGAUGACCCUGCCACUCACUAAUAUAUACUCAAGAACACAGAAGAUUAGAAUCUUACCAAUAGCUGGUCUCGACCCCGAAUGCCAGCGCACAGAGAAGAUUAAGAAAGAAGAAGAACGUUUGCGGGCUUCUACUCACCAGGGAACAAUCCUCCUGGAGCAGCAGAAGCAAGAGGGGCCAAGGGUCCCCAACCAGGAGUCCAGCAGUGACAACGAUGAUGAUGACAAUGACAAUGAUGAUGAGGAGGAGGAGGGAGAGGAGGAGGAAGAAAGGGAUGAAGCCAUUAAAAACCAGUGCUUCGGGGAACUUGGAGGGGAACAAAGUGGAAUCUGUUCAUCAGACAGCGACGCGGGAUCAGAGGAGGAAACAGCUCAAGGGUUACUGAGAAUGGAGCGACUCUCCAGUGAUGAGGGGGCGAGCCCUCCAGAAAUAGGAAAGCAGGGGGAGAAGAGAAGGAGGAUGUCGGAAGCUUGAAACGUGCGCUCAUUGUCUGUUUUGUUUUGAACAGUUUGUUUUAAAAUAAUGAUGAAAUAAUUUGUUUUGUUUGAAGUGAUUGAGUUGCUUUUGUAAAUGCCAGUUGUGAAUAAAGAAUGUUCAGAA